AGUCAUGGGUAAGGCGGAAGGCUCUGUGGCUAGGGAGGAGUGGCACGGACACGUUACUGCACUCUCAGUUGCACCAGAAUUUCGGCGGCUGGGUUUGGCUGCUAAAUUGAUGGAACUACUGGAAGAAAUUUCAGAAAAAAAGGGUGGAUUUUUCGUCGAUCUCUUUGUGCGAGUAUCAAAUCAGGUUGCGGUAAAUAUGUAUAAGCAACUGGGCUACAGCGUGUACCGGACGGUGUUGGAGUACUACUCUGCUAGCAGUGGGGAGCCAGAUGAAGAUGCUUAUGAUAUGAGGAAAGCUCUUUCCAGAGAUACAGAGAAGAAAUCAAUUAUACCUCUGCCUCAUCCUGUGAGACCCGAAGACAUCGAAUAACUGUAAGCUGUGAUUCUCAGGCAACUUACUAAGAGUGUCACAUUCCUUCUUGCCCCAGCCCCCAAGAACUUAUGGGUGAGAAGUCUUAGGCUCAACGUUUUUCCCCAUGAAAUACCAAAAAGCAAUAUUGAGAAGCCUACUAAUGCUGCUUCUAUUGGUAACAGCUGCACUUACCCUAUUAUUGUUCCUUUC